AUGGGUUCGAAACUGAAGGGGAGCAGACUGGAAGCAGAAGUGGACAAAUGUCGUUCGGAGUGUAACUGGAGAAGGUUGGGCGAUGUAUUACUUUCUGUGCGCUCCAAAAAUAGUGGCAUGCAACAGUUUGGGGAUUUAUUGCAAGCGGAAUACAUCAUCGAGUCCUUUAUUGAUGAAAAUUCGGAACUUUUGGAAUCGACAACGGAAAAUAAGAAGCAUUUGGAAAAAGCAGCAAAACUUCUGUAUAAUACAUUGCAGUCUUCAGUGGCCGAGAAAUCGACAAUUUAUUUGGAAGCGAAUUUGUUGCUUGCAAAAUUGCAUUAUUACUGCGCAGACUAUGAGCAAGCGAUGAAAGAUAUUGAUAAUUCUCGAUUGGAAUUUGGCGAUACACCAUUUGAAUCACUACGCGAUCUGCGCUUGGUUGCGGAGGCUUAUGCUAUAAAAGGGUUUUCCCUAGAGGCAACGAUGAAGCGUUUAAAGAAGCAAGAUUUGGAAAAAUCUCGGAUGAGGGCACUUUUCUGUUUCGAAAAGUCAGCGGAACUUGCAAUAUCGUAUAUUCAGGAGCUCGAAAAGUCAAUAAAUUUACAGAGCAGGAGUGGUAUGCUUUCGUCAAGUACCAAUGGAACGAAUGGAAAGCACCAUGUUGACAGAAUGGGAGAGUUACUGGAAACAACAUUAGAAAGAGUACCCAUGUUGCGUCUGAGACAGAAUUUAAUUGAUAGACCAUGGGAUGAUGAAGGAGUUGAAUGGUAUCGCCGAAUUAUGACAUCAUUAGGCGAUAAAGUAGUGGGUGAAAAAUUGCAACAAAGAUUAAGUCGACAGUUAGCGGAAGUGUUGAUCAGAGGUAUGCCGGAUUGUGGUUACAUGGAGUCACAAUCUGUUAGCACAAAAUCACAAAACCUAAGAUUUUAUACUGGCUCACACAAGAGUUAUUUUUCACCCGCUUCGAGGAUUGAAGAAAUCUUGUUGUUAUUACUAAUUAGCGAGGUUCUAGCGACAAAAGACGUUGUAUUGAAUCGAGCCGAAGAGUUGACGACUAGUCGUCAAAAUUCACUACACGUAGCCAAAUCAGUGUAUAAUUUACUUACUUUGGUGUUAUCUGCUCUGCGACAAUACGAACUUUUAUCAAGUAUUCAUGAAAAAGCAAUGAAAUUUGCGAACGAAGAUAAAUAUUUAUGGUUCCAGUUCGCUUUGACGUUACUUUGCCAUGGAAGAUAUGUGAGAGCUUCUAGGAUCUUGUCGCAGUGCUUAGCUAUCGAACAAUAUGAUGAUAGUGCUCUUGCACAGCAUAUUUUUGCUGCCAACGUCGCGCUUGAGCAUCUUGACCAAUAUGAUGAAGCUGUAGUUCAUGCUGAAAAAGCUAUGGAAUUGUGCGAAGGGAAUUGGCUUGCUGGACGAUGUUUGCUGUUGAAAGCUGUUGCACUGAGCAUGAAAGCAGAAACAGUAGUUCGGUACAACAAUCGGAAUGAAAUGCGCCUGAAAGUGAUAAAAUUAUUUGAAGAUGCUGCAGCAAUGGAUCCACUCGAUGAUCUAACUCAUUAUUAUUGUGCCCGGCAGUAUGCUAUCGCCCGUGAUUUACAAGUAGCUCGUGAUUGGUGUGAAAGAACGUUGGAAUUGAAUCCGGAAAUGCCACUCGCAAUAAUGCUUCUUGCAUUAAUUUUUACUGCCCAGAAAGAUUAUAAAGCAGCACUCGAACUGAUUAUCGAUGCUAUAGAAGAUUUCCCGACCAAUUAUCCACUUACUGUGCUUAAGUUAAUGCUUGAAAUUAAAUUCGGUCGUGUUGACGAAGCCUUGGCAUCAUCGCACCAUUUGCUAUAUUUUUGGAAAAGUCGAGAAACAAGUUUUUUCGAAGAAUCGAAUACGCACAUUGUACGAACUGGAAGCGAAGAAAGUCAGAAAAAUGGGCGGAAUGAAAGUUUGUUGCGUUCAUUGAGCAGUCGUGAUGCUGUAACAGCAACACCAUAUAUUGCUGCGGCUUCAUUGGGUAUUUUAUCAUCCUCUGCGCUUGCGAGCAUGUCUGCUAGUGUGGGAGCCAGCGAUACUGCUGAUAAUGGAUCCGUAUAUACAACUCAGGGGACAUCCGAUUAUGGAACCUCGACCGUUUCACUGUGCUCUAGACAAUCAAGAACUAUGGAAACACAUUUCAUGAUGAAGGCAAAUAUUUGGCUUGAACUUGCUGAACUUUUUCUUGAUCUUGGUCGUAUGGAAGAUGUGCGACCAUGCAUUGAGGAGGCAUCUGCUUUAUAUCCAAGUUCACACCAAGCAUUAUAUAUUAAGGGUCGUUUGUUAGCAGCUCGAGCAGCUAAGUGUGAGAAUACCGCGAAAUGUGAGCAUUUGCGAAGUGAUGCAAAAGCUUCCUUGUUGGGAGCACUUGCAAUAGCGCCUUCUCACGUGUCAUCAUUGCGACAUUUAGCUCGUAUUUACAGAUUGGAGGGAAAUAUUCCCAUGGCUGAGAAAAUGUUGAGAGAUGUUGUACAGAUUGAUCCACUACAUAACGAUUCAUGGCAAGCGCUUGGAUUGAUCCUGUCAGAAGAUGGGCGUUUUGAAGAAGCUCUAGAAUGUUAUUCGAUCGCCUCAGCUCUAAAUUCCUCAACUCCACUUAUACCAUUCUCUUCGUUACCGGUUUUAAUUCACACUUCGCGAUGA